CAAAGAGACACAGACCAAUGAUCAGUGGUACCUGUUGCCUAGCGUGCCUAGCUGGGCAUUACUGCCUUUCUGCUAUGCCAUUAAUGGCAAACGAUGUACCGAAGUAGUGUGUGUGCGUUGGCAUUUGCGAGUACAUCAAACGAAAGCCCCGCCCGUUCCUAAUCCGCUCGCUACCUAGUUGCAGAUCACUGCAAAGCAAGAUGAAACCACUAGUGGGGUUAAUGAGAGAUACAGAUAUAACUGUAUAGAUGCUCAGGAACGUUGUCUCGUUUUCCACCGAAGCAAGAAGCGUCCGGCUUUGACAUCAGUUCACGUCUUCACAACCUCGUCGUCGGCUACCGCACCAAUGGCGGAUACCACUACCACUACCGAGACUCCAACUCUGGAUGACGUCCUCCGCGUAUUCUCAAGACCAUCUGCACCCCGAACUGAGGAUGUAAAGACACCGAAAGUACAGGCGCCCGGAGAACUCUGUCGCACAAAAACGCUCUACGAAGGCCGUUCCGUAUGCGACUGCUGCAUCAACUGGGCUGAGAGAUUUCCAGACACGGUGAAAGAAUCUUUCGAGAAAACCCCCGAGGUUAAGCAGCACGCCAUCCUUGCCCGGAUGAAGAAGAGCCACGGACCGAACAAGAAACCUCUGGAGCUGGAUUCGAUCGUCAUUCAAAGCUCGCUGCUUAAGCCUGUCAUGGAGGAAGUUCUCACACAAUACCCUGGCGUAACCUUAACUCUGCAGAAUCCCACGUUUUCUGCGCCUUUUAGGGAGUUCUUCCAUCGCUUUGAACUUCUUGAGAAAAGCCUAGAGAAGCAGGAAGGCGACACACUCGCGCACACGCAACUAUUGAUUGACACCCUGAAACCGACCAUCAGCGACAUCCAACAGGCAUCAAAUGACCUCAUCCAAAACGGGGUUAUAACUUACGAAUAUCUUUGGACGCUUUUCCCUCCUGGUUCCCUUGUUUACCAAGUACUAUCAGGCCAGCACUGCGUCUUUGAAGUUGGGAAGACCGACUACGAUGAGAAUACCAAGACGUUUGGCAUCCAAUGUAGAAACAUUGACUGGGAUGGCAAAAUGUUCGGCUGGAAGUAUUUUGUCCUCCAGAUGGGAUCUUUCUCCGGGACCAAGGCAAUCAAAGAUCUCGAGGUGUACCCUUUCAGCUAUCACCAAACUUCGAAUGAUGUCGAAGCGUCAUUAUCAGCCAGAGGACGCAAAUUUGUGUCUCUCCGGGGCACUCAUUACAAAGCCUACCGAGGAUUUAUAGAUCGCGUUGGCAGUAACACAUUCAACACAUGUUCUUCCUCAUAUGUCCAAGGUCGUAUUGUUGUGGAUGCAGAGACAUUCUUUCAAUAUUCAAGUUUGUCCAAAACUUUGAAGCCGCUUGAGAAAGAAGACGAGGAGUUCUCUGAACGUCACUUUUUGCUAUGUAGCGCAAAAGUAAAGGGAUACAGUUUGGAAACGAAGACAUGGGGUCAGUUUGCCGUCGAUGAUGUAUUUGAUAUCCAAUGGAACGAGAACGCAUUCACAGAUUUGGUAUUACCUGAUGACAAAAAGCGGUUCAUGUUGUCCAUGGUACGGACGCAAAUACACCAUGACAAAGGGCGAGGUUUUGAUGAUAUUGUUGAGGGAAAAGGGGAAGGAACCUCGUUCCUGCUUACAGGGGAACCUGGAGUAGGAAAAACACUUACUGCGGAGUGCGUUGCCGAAAAAACAAGGACACCUUUGUAUACUUUGAGCGCAGGAGAACUUGGCACUUCGACCAAGGACGUCGAGCACAAUCUAGCCAAGGCACUUGAUCUGUCGUACAGGUGGAAGGCCAUUCUCUUACUGGACGAGAGCGACGUGUUCCUCGAACAGAGAUUUGCAGAUACCUUCGAGCGAAACCAAAUGGUAUCAAUAUUUCUCCGCAUGCUCGAGUAUCAGCGCGGUAUUGUUUUCCUCACGUCCAAUCGCCGCUCUGUCAUUGACAAAGCCUUCCAAUCUCGAAUCGACUUUACGCUCCACCUCGCCAACCUGGAUCCUCCAUCCCGGCUCAAAAUAUGGAAAUCUGUUCUCCAAUGCGCCGACCCAGCAGCACAGUUUUCGGACGAACAGACAGAAGCCCUCUCGCAGCACCAGUUGAACGGAAGGGAAAUCAGGAAUGCUGUAAAAUCAGCGCAGCUACUAGCAACUGACGAAGGGGCGGCCUUGAGUCUAUCCCAUGUAGAUGCGGUUCUCAGGGUGACGCAAGAGCACAGGAAAUGGGACGUCCCAAAGGUCCAGGCAAGCCAAGAUCAAUGGAAGCAGGAUAUCCCAAAGGUCCAGGAAAAACAUCAAGAUCAAGCCAGCCAGAUCCGAACACGGCGGCGCUUCUCUAAAGACUUUAGGAUCAAGAGGGUCUUGUCUGUAUGGAAGCUCCAGAUACUUGGAAGAAUAUAAUGUAAAGAUGUGUCACUGCUUCAGCUCCGCUCCCUGGUUUAAUCCUGUAACUACAUUACACCAUCGCAUCGCUCCGUAAUUCUCAUGUGGCAUAGGCGCUGCGUACGUACACAUUCUUUCGUUCGGAACUUUUUCACAAUACCAACAACUUCUUGUGCGCUUGUAUAAAUGGGGGAGUUAUAAGAUACAAGGACGUUCUAACAGUAAAG